AUUGAUUUUCGGUUGCCAGAUUUAUGGUGCUGGUCCUGCCGCCUCGGUCGCGCCUCCAGCGGCCAGAAGUCAAAUCAAUCCUACCAAAGCGCCAGUCAUCGGAGCGGGAAACCCUCUCACCAGGGGUGAGCAGUUACGCGUAACGAACAGUUUCCUACGUAUUUUACGUAAACUACGUAAAAUACUUAAAUUCCGGUAUUAUACGUCGAUUUGUAUGCCACCUGGUGGUUAUCAUUGGACAUUGUACAUUUUUAAAAUUCUAACCGUCUCAACAGUUUUCGCAAUAACUAAUCUAAACUUUUAAUUUUAUCUCAAAAUGGGUGCAUUAAAAAAAAAAAAUUUAUCAAUCAUUUUUAAAGAAAAUGAUUUUGUGAUUGAAAAGUUAAAUGGUAAAAAUAUUGCUCAAUGUUUAAAGUGCAAUUAUAAGUUAAAAAAUACUGCACAAAUUCGGUUACAAAGUCAUCGAAAUAGAUGUGCUGCCAAAACUACUGAUCCCUCGGGAAAAACUAAGGUGCUAAGUAGAUCCUCUGAAGAAAGGUCAGCUGAUAUUUCAUUUGAUAAUCAAUCUAAAGCGACUUCAAGCAUUUCAUCAAAUAGUAGGAGUGAUUUAUCAACUAUUGAUGAAACUUGUGAAAUUUUUCGUAGGAUGCAAUCUUCUGUUUAGUAUUGUUGAAUCAAUUCCGUUUAAAGAGUUUUUUAAGUCGUUAAAUCCGAACUAUCAUCUGCCAUGCAGAAAAACUCUCUCCAAUACGUUGUUAAAUAAAUUACACAGCAAAAUUUCAAGUGAACACACAAAAAUUAAUCAGUCAGAAGGAGUAAUAGUGAUAGAUGGUUGGAAAAAUUCGGUUGCAAAUACUAAAAAUGUUGUAUGUAUUAUUCAUACAGCAAAUGAACCAAGUUUUUUUUUAAACUCUUGGGAUUUCACAUUGUUAUCUGAAGAUACACAACAAUUAACUAAAGUUAUUGAAGAAGCUGUCGAAAUAGCCAAAACAAAUUAUAAUAAAACCAUUUAUGCCGUAGUUUCUGAUAACGCUCCAGUUAUGACAGCAAUGGGUAAAGCUGUAAAUUUAUGGCAUGCAGGAUGCAGCAGUCAUCAUGGAAAUUUACUUGCCAAGGACCUUAUUGAUAAAUCAUUUGCAGAAUCUAUAAAUACCAUUUUACGUACAUUCAAAGCUUCUAAUUUAGAACGAGAGAUAAUAGAAAACGGAGGAACAAAAAUUAAAUUGGCUUGCAAAACUCGUUGGUGCAGUUAUCGUGAUGCGUUUCGGUGUUGCUUAAAAAAUUUAGAUAUAAUGAAAAAAAUUAUCAGUAAUAAAUUAAACAAUCCGUCUUUUACAAAAUCAAAAAAACAAGAGAAAGAAAAAUUAAUUACUUUGAAUGAUCAGAUUUUCGAUGAUUCUUUAAUAACAAAAUUACAAAAUUUCAUCGUUUUAUCUGAUCCAGUUUGUUCAUUAAUUAAUAAAUGUCAACAGUCAAAUUUUACUUUACCUGAUGCAGCUGAAGAGUGGAUGAAAUUAAACGUUCCAACUGAGAAUGAAAAAAUUCAAGAAAUUGUCCAAAAACGCAUUGACAAAGUAUUGACUGGAAUUUUAUUAGCAGUGAUUUAUUGCAUCCAGAUUAUCAAGGAAAACAGUUUCGUCAUACCGAUAAAUAUUAUUCUCAAGCUAUUGAAUUUAUAAGGAAUGAAUUAAAUGAAUCUUAUCAUGAAAUGGAAACUUAUGAAAAUAAAGUUGGAAUUUUUGAAUCAUUACUGAAAAAAGGAAAUGUCCCUCCAAAAUUAUUUUGGCAAAUGGCCGAAAACUCAUACCCAGUAAUUUCUCAAUUAGCUCAACGAUUGAUUAACAUUCCAUCGUCAUUAGCACAAAUUGAAAGAUUAUUUUCAAACAGGUCAUUUGUUCAUUCUUGUCUUCGAAAUCGUUUAACACCCGAACGUUCAGAAAAGUUAAUCGACAUUUAUUAUACAUUGAAAAUGAGUUCUGGAAAUUCGAAAUAAGUAUUUAAAAUAUAUAUAUUGUGUAAUGUGUAU